AUGGACAGGAGCUCGCUGCUGCAGCUUAUCCAGGAGCAGCAGCUGGACCCUGAUAACACCGGCUUCAUCGGUGCGGACACCUUCGCUGGCCUGGUGCACCGCCAUGAGCUGCCCCUGGACCCGGCCAAACUGGACAUGCUGGUGGCCCUGGCCCAGAGCAACGAGCGGGGCCAGGUCUGCUACCAGGAGCUGGUGGACCUGAUCAGCAGCAAGCGCUCAAGCAGCUUCAAGCGGGCCAUCGCCAAUGGACAGCGGGCACUGCCCCAGGACGGGCUGCUGGAUGAACCAGGACUGGGUGUCUACAAGCGGUUCGUGCGCUACGUGGCCUAUGAGAUCCUGCCCCGAGAGGUGGACCGCCACUGGUACUUCUACCGGCACCGCAGCUGCCCACCCCCUGUGUUUAUGGCUUCGGUCACCCUCGCCCAGAUCAUCGUGUUCCUGUGCUACGGAGCCCGUCUCAACAAGUGGGUGCUGCAGACCUACCACCCUGAGUACAUGAAAAGCCCCCUCGUAUACCACCCAGGCCACCGUGCUCGGGCCUGGCGCUUUCUCACCUACAUGUUCAUGCACGUUGGGCUGGAGCAGCUGGGGUUCAACGCACUCCUGCAGCUGAUGAUCGGGGUGCCCCUGGAGAUGGUGCAUGGCCUGCUCCGCAUCAGCCUGCUCUACCUGGCUGGUGUGCUGGCAGGCUCCCUGACCGUCUCCAUUACUGACAUGCGGGCCCCUGUGGUGGGGGGCUCCGGCGGGGUCUACGCCCUGUGCUCUGCACACCUGGCCAAUGUCGUCAUGAACUGGGCUGGGAUGAGAUGUCCCUACAAGCUGCUGAGGAUGGUGCUGGCCCUGGUGUGCAUGAGCUCCGAAGUGGGCCGGGCCGUGUGGCUGCGCUUCUCCCCGCCACUGCCUGCCUCAGGCCCACAGCCCAGCUUCAUGGCACACCUGGCGGGCGCGGUGGUGGGUGUCAGCAUGGGCCUGACCAUCCUGCGCAGCUAUGAGGAACGCCUGCAAGACCAGUGUGGCUGGUGGGUGGUGCUGCUUGCCUAUGGCACCUUCCUGCUCUUCGCCAUCUUCUGGAACAUCUUUGCCUACGACCUGCUGGGUGCCCACAUUCCCCCGCCACCCUGA